ACCGAUUUAAAAAAUGUAACUCAGAAAAAAAGGCGAAGAAAUGCACGAUACGAGAAAAAAAGAGGGACGCAGUUAUUUAGAUAUAGAGGCAAUUAAUCUGUUCGUCAUAAUCCGAUUAACAUCGUUUCAGCGUUGAAUGAUAAUAUUGAUCAAUGAAAUCAAUAAUAACACAGUUAUUGUUUAUGAGGUACAAACGACCAACACAUUUUUAACACCUACUUAUUGGUAACCCCUUACGUCUAUGUUGGCACGUUGCCAAAUCGGGGAUUUUAUGGGCGCGAUGUAUUUAUUCAGAGAGUGUGAGGCGAUACAAGUGGGCCGAGUAAAAAUAUUUGUGUUGCAAAUUUGGAUGUAAAUUUAACAGUUUAAUAGAUCUUGCUUCUAUUAUUGUAAGCAAAUUUUUCUGUUUACCAACUUCAUGUAGAUUUCUAUCUUUAGAUCUAUGUAAUAAUUUCCUUACUGGAUGUUUUUUUCUGUUCGUCAAUCUACACUGAAAAGUAUUUUCGGACAAAUUGUUUCAAAGAUCUAUUUAAAAUCAUAAGGACAGACGAUAAUCUAGUGUGUAGCAGAUUUGUGACGCUAAUCAAUAUUUUGUUGAAUGACGUCAUCAGACAAAAUCACCAGUGACGUCACAGUUUGUGACGUAAUUUUUGACGUCAUCGUACAUGCCUAGCUUAUUGACUUGAACGAAGACGCUACGCAGAAAGACGAGCUGUAUGCGGUGAUGUGGUGUUUGGGCGUCGGUUUGUAAGUGUGUGUGCAUUGGAUCGUGUUUAUUACCUUUGACAGAUUCCAAGAUCCAUUUCGGGCAUGACUAUUGGAGGGAUUAUGCAGCAUCCGGCUAUUAAAGCAGAACGUGUGGAUCUAGCGUACUUGCCACCUAGUUACUACCAGCAGCAACAACAGUUGCAGCAACAGCAGCAAUUACAGCAACAACAGCGACAGCAGCAGCAGCAACAACAACAAAGAAUGGCACCACAAACACAUAAUGUACCACCAAAUCAAACAGUUCAAUCAACGGCCAAAAAACCUGACACAAACUCUUCGCUUGGGAAAUCUGUCGACCCGAGCAUUGAAGCUCAACCAGAUUUUCAAAGUAUCAAAGGUGUCUUUGGCUGGACUGUUGUUGACAAAAUAAACAUUCCGUAUAUACUACGAGGGGAUAAACAGUUUGUCUCUGUUAGAAUAGUAGAAAUGAAGUUACUUAGCAGAUAUCCAAAUUCGUAUCCGGACGAUCUUGGGAAACAGGCACCGCUCACAAGUUUCUUUAUAACCGCGAAUGAAGCAAAACUUCUGAAUGAGAUAAAUCUACAGCACUGUGCUGGAGAGUAUGGUAAGAAAGAGUUUACCAUAAAGGAUUUGAUAGUUUUAUUGUCAGAUUUUAUCAAUUUCUAUAAUCUUGUGAAAAAAACGUUCCCGGAUGCAGCAGUUGCUAGGCAAGAGGCGGCUCAAACAGCUGGUUGGUUACAAAUCAAAAAUACUGUCACCCCUUAUAUCAAAAGACAAGAGAACAAAUUCGUUCCGCUUUCAGUUAUACAAUAUGCAGCUGGAUUAUUGACCAAUGAAAAUGUAAGUGGACUUCUUCCAACUAAAAGAGAAUGUGAUCUGUUAAAUGAAGCAUGUAAAACCGCCGGUGUUGAAUUCGUGUUUUCUGACACUACGACAAGGUUGAUUAAUGUUAGAGAUAUCCUUAAGAUAUCAUCAGUAGACAUUAUUGAACUACCUUCUAGUAAUCCGUUAAAACACGCAACUUAUAUGGAACUCCCAACAACCGGUAAUCGGCCAGCAGAAAAGCAAAAGGUUGCUACAUCUCCUGCACAGAGUAACUCGGCAAGGCCACAUGGCCAGUCAUACAUGUUCCAGCCAGGUUCCCAGCUGGAUAUGUUACGGACUCAGAUACAGGGAAGUAUAAAUAGACCUGAGCAAAAUGGUUCCCGGUUUCCAAUGCCACCACAAAGUGGGUUUCCUGGCAACCAGAUGUUUCAUCCGCGUAUGAUUGACCCUAGAAUGGCGAUGGCGGAUAUGUACAGAGUUCAAUACGCCCCAAACAACAGACCUAUCAUGUCAAAUGGACCUCCUAAUGCUAGACUUAGCCAAAUGCCAUACAAUCACUUAGUUCCACAAAUGAACCCUAUGAUGCAGUAUCAUGUCGGUAUGCAAAAUAGUCAAAACGUUAAAAUUCAAGGACCGGGUCUUCAGCAAAACAAAGAAAUGUCACAACAGCGACCAAUGAGUAAUGGGCCAGACACUUCUCCAAGGACACAAUCAAGACCGUCGUCAGGAUCUAUUCCUCAGGCCGGAUCAAGGCCACCGUCGAGUUCUAGGCCUCCGUCUGGAUCGCCAUUGGGAUCGCCUCUAUCACCGUCAGCUUUUCCGCAGUUUUCUAGGCCGGGUUCAAACGUUGGUGUCUCUCCUGUUGCUGACGCUAUGACGGCGGCGGCCGCAGGGCAGUUACCGAUGUUAAAUGGUGGUCUUGCAAUACAACAGAUGCAGAACAUGUGCGCGCAAAGGUUUCCGACAUCAAGGGAACAAAUGUACUCGCCGAGUAAUCAGAGUCAAACCUUUCCCCAACCACCUCAUGGUAUGAGUGGACAUCCACACCCAGAUGUUCAUGCUCCAAAAACUGUGCAAUUACCUUCACCAAAUAACCCAUUUCCACCACAAGUGCAAAGGAGCAUACACCCGAGUGCUAAUCAAGAAAUUCCAGGACUGUUUAGUCCGACUGGGUCAAAUGUGGCUCCACCAAAACAGACAGUACCGGCGCAUGAUGCUGCGCCUCUCCCGCCGCUACAGUUAAUGUCAAGUCCACCACCUACGUCAACUGUGACAACCGUUUCCUCUCCUGAUCAGAUUAUAAGCCCCGUUGUCCCUGUAUCACAAACUUCCGAUGGAGAGGUUCCCGUUCCAGUGAAUCCACAUAUCGAUGCUUCCAUGCCUGCACCAAGGAACCAGCCGUUGCCGACCACAAUUUCUGCGGCAAAACCACAGGUGUCAUUAGUAAAGUGUAUUGAAGGCGCAUGGUUAAAUAACAAGAGUAUUUCAUGUUUAUUUUUAGAACAAGAAGGCCGAAAUGGCAGAUUCUGUUUAGUGGAGGCAGUAUGUAAGUUAUACUUUAAUGGAUGUAGUGUGAACGAGUUCCUGUUUGCUUUAGAAAAUGUGCUUAAUGUACCACUAUUGACCUGUAACGAAAUGGAGGAAAAAGCAUUCAUUCAGUAUUAUAGUCUGCCUGUAGUAACCCUCAAGUGUAAUAAAAUGAUAAAAUUCGACGACCUGGAAAAAUAUUUUCCACAGUUGACCUAUAUGUUUCCUAGUAAAGAAGCAAUAGCGCAAAGUGAAAAUGAAACUGAACAAACAGAUAUAAACGAGACUGGAGAAUUGACUGGCAAUGGUAGCGUGCUGACACAUGAAGAAAUAGAAGCGUCUAUGCCGGCCACUAUAAGUCAAAUGGCGCACGUUGGAGAGAAACGUACUGGAGAUGCCAUACAGAACGACAUCGCUUAUAAACACCAGCGGCUUUCAGGUGUUGCGGAUGAUGACGAUGAAGUAAUUAUUCUUGACUGAAGAGAAACAGCAACAACAGAUCAAAGGGUUCAAGACAUAUGCAGAUACUGCUCGAAACCUGAUAGACGAAGAUAUAAAAACACUAUCAAGCGGACAGUUGUUAAAGGAAACCGCUAAGGAGGAGAAAUACCAUGAAGUAGAGACUGACAAAAUGGCAAAAAUCGUCAAAGCAAUACUCGCACGGAUUUCACAAUUUUCAAAGUUCAUUGCUGUCGCACUUAGCUUAAUUAGAACUUGAGCAAGGACGUGACACCCGCUAAUUCUAUACUGAGAAUUGUGUUAUGUUGCUUGCGAAAGGUCAAGGCCAAGCGUUGAAUAGUUAAACUUACGUACAGCUGCAUUUAUUAUGUACUAAUAAAUUUCAACACGAAAGAAGUAAACAUAGUUUUUAACAACGAUUUUUUUUCCGACAACAAGAAGGAAAAAUACAGUACAUGAGUUUACUUUUACUAGUUUACUACCAGUUGAUACAUAACAGACUGUUUCGCUGAUUUGACUGUAGUGGUAUGACGUCAUACUUCAUUUAAAAUGUAUUGCAUUAUUGAGACUACUUUCGUGAGAAGUUUAUUGGUAUGUGGUAAAUACAUAAUCUACUAAUCAAAACUUCUAACGCACCCUCGAUAUAUCUGGGGAUAUAUUUCUUCAUGCUUUCAGUCAUUUAUCAAUGUUUUUUUACACAUUAAGGUAAUAGAAAUUGAAUUUCAACAAAAUGAGAUUGUGCAAAGAUAAAAUCUGAAAACGUCACAAAAUACGCAUAAAGUAGUGUUUAAAAACAGCUUGAAAAGAUACAGAGGUAUAGAAAUUGAUUUUUCAAUGAUACACAGUCGAUUAUCAACACGAAUGUAGUAUUGAUUCCAAAGAUAUGGUCGAAUAAUGAAGAGAUUUUAUCUUUGAUAUAUUUUCUUUCCUUUAUAACCAAAUUCGCUGUUUAUAAUUGUAGUUAGUUAUGUAUUUUGUGACUUUGGUUGAGGCCGUGGAGCAAAUAAAAAGUCGUCAUAGCAUCACUCUUAUUUUCCAGAAUUUUUUAUCGAUUUUUUGAACAUGUUUUUCUAAACUUGUAAAAUGAUGUUUGAUACAUUGUUAAUAAUUAUGAAGGAUAUUGAAAAGAUGUUGAGGGGUCGCCAUUAGAGGUGAUAAUGAUUAAUUAUGGUAAGGGUUUUUGUACAUUUUGUUAGCUGAUCCUGUCAGACAUAGUGUGAUAAGUUGAUUCAGUUUUGUUGUCACUGAGGAGAAGUUGUAUGUUCUAAAUAGUUAAAUAGCUGUCUCAAACUAUUUUUUGCUAAACACAUGUAACUACUUAAAGGAGUGCACUGUGCUAAAUCUAGGUAUAACACUUGUUGAAAAUUUGGUUGCUGUCAGAACUUGACAAGAAAUUUAAAUAUUACGCCAGGAGAUGAAGUAGUAUCUUGCAGUGCUUUUGCGACACAGAUCCAACAUGUACAAACUCUGAUCUUUUUUUGUGUGUAACGAUUUGUGUUGGAUCGACAAACGUUGAAAUUGCUUCCAUUCGAUUAUGUAAUUAUACUAUACAAAAUCACAUAGCACGCUUAAACUUAAACAAGAAUCUUAUGUACUGUACCAGCAGCCAUUACUAUUUGAUUUAUUCACUGUAAAAUCUGAACACUACAAAUGUUCUAAAUAGAUCUAUAUGCAUUUAGUAUUUGUAUUUAACUAUGUUAUUGAACAUUUACUUCAGUAUGACACGUGUACAUUAUGUACAAAUGUAUAGAGAGUGUAGUAGCAAGUAUCAGCGUUAAUGCUCCAUCAUCGGAGGACUUUUUGUUAUGUUAUUAUACUGUUAUACUUUUAAAGAUAUAUUUCAAAAUUACAUUUCUGACAAAAAUGAUCGUGAUUUUCUCUCACGAGCUAAAGUUUUCCUGCACCAAAUUAAAACUUCAAAUAAAAAUUGACACGACACGUGAAAUACGUGUAUGUCCUUGUAACAACCAUUUUUGUAAAACACAUGCUUUGGCAUGUGCAGGAUUGAUGAAACAGGCACACGUUAUUUAGAAUAGGAGUAUAUGUAUGGAUUGGAUGUGUUUCUCCUGCGUUAGGACAGGUGCAAACCACAUUUCGACUUUAAGCAAAUUUGUGUAUCGUGCAAGCUAUUCUUUGAUGAUUUGCAGGAAGUAUUGUACUAUUUUAUUGACCUGUCAAAAUUUUGUCCCCGGCUUUCAUUAUAUUCUGUUCACGCCUUAGUAAGAUUAACAUGAAAGCCAGAAACAGGUUUUGACAGGUCAAUAAAAUAGUACAGUACCAUGUGUUUUCUACACGUCUAACGCAGAAGAUAACGUUUAGUCCUUAUAUUUUUACAGAGGCAACAAAAAGUAGGUGGUUUCAGAGAAUCAUAAGAAAUAUCAGACUAUCGAUCUUUAGACAUUUAGAUAAAACAGCUUAAAAGACACCCCCACAUUAAUUUGCCUAUCACUAUAUAGUUAUUUUAAAAUACAUUUAAAUCCAUUAAAAAUCGCCUAGACAUGUUGUCUACAGAAAAAAAAAUGAACUGUAAUUAAAUAUAACUUAUAAUCAAAGUUGCUGACUUCUAACGAUUUUUGUUUGUACCAUGUCAAAUCUUCCGUGCAAUCUCCCAGACAUGAACUCGUCCAUAUCAGUGCAUCAGUGUUAUUUGUACGAAAAUCAACGUUUUUUCUUCUAUACAAAAUGAAUGUUUUUUAACAGCUUUAAUGUAUAUACUAUUUAAAGAUACGGUACAAAUGUAUUGAACUGUAAAAACGCUCUAGGUUGCGUUAUGAGUUAUAUGUAACAUAAGCAAUAUAAUGUGCUAUUCAUUUUCUACAGUGCUAUGAUAGAAACAUGUGUUUUGUUAGUAUAGGCUUUCUCAACUUAAGUAUUGUUAUUUCUUUUAGUCACUUGUAAGAGAACAUAUUUGCAAGGUGAUACCGGUAUUAAGUUUGUAAGACUUUUAGUGAGGAAAGUUUUUUUCUCUUUUAUCAUCUUGUAAGAUUUUUAGUCAGGAAAGUUUUUCUCUUUUAUCAGUAAAAAAUUCAUGGCAUUCAAUACUUUAAAUUCCUAAGUUGGUUAAGAUUGCAUUAAUUGGGAAAAAAGACGCCCGUUAGUUGAUUAAACCAAUGAAAAAUUGCUGAUUAUUUAGUCAAGUAUGGUAUUUUUGUCUUCCGUUGCCAAUAAAAACUAUCACAAAUUUUUCUGUACUAAUUUACUGAUAAUUCAUUAUUUAUCCAUUGUUAAAAAGUAGAUUGUUCCCAGAGUUAAAAAAUAUUUUGAUUGGUUAUACAUUCCUCGAUAAUAAGCUUUUAUUGAACUUUGGGACAGAUCAGAUUUUAAUUGGUAUCCAAUUUCUUUACUGUUGAGAUAGGGCGUACAAAAAUCGAUCCACUGUAUUGUCUAUUUUGAAUAAUAGAUCGAAUCACGUUGAACUUGUAGUCAGAAUUAGGUUCAUAUGUUACAUUGCUUUUUUCUGUCCUAAUUUUUUCGUUUUGUUUGGCAUUACUGUAUUUUUAGUAUUUUGUGUACUCAUGUUUAGGGUACGUUAAAUUUUCAGUUCGUUUUGUACUGUUGUAAUUAUCAUAAUAUUUUAAACGAAAAGGGGCAUUAAUUUCUGGUGCCAGUGCUUGCAUUUACUUGUUCAUGAUGCUAUCUGAAUGUGUCUACGCACAUAUUCCUUGUUAAUAUUUCUUUUGUACUUUGAAGUUGGUAUGUUUUUUUUCUCUCAAAUUCUGUCUCAUUUUGUUUCCCGUAUGUUUUUGUUUUUGAUUUUUUUUGUACACGCAUCUUUUCCAGUCUUUUAAUGUGACCAGACGCAUUGUUGCAACUUUAAUAAUGACCGUUUGUAUGUCAGAGACUUACAAGUUUGAGAAAACUAUAAAGUCAUUUCUAAUUAUCUCCCUUUCAAAUGAAGGUAUAAUCAAAAAGUUGUAACAAUGAGUUACGUUUGAUAGCUAUAUAGCUGAUUUAGUUGUUUGAACGUAUUGUUAUUUUUGUGCUAUCCCUAGACCUAAAAUUCAUCGGUUCACAAUCUUUGUUGGUUGCUCAACGAAGAUUUAUAGAAGAGAGGUAAUUGGACUUGCAAUUCUCUUGACUUCCUGCAGUAAAUUUGAAUUUUUAUUCAAAUUUUUAUUAUUAUUUAUGGCAAAGGUUUUUAAAAAUCUUAAGCAUCUUAUCUGUUAGAAACUACUUUGACUUGGUUUGGCAACCCAUACAAGGAGAAGUAUUCGUUAAAAAUACUUCGAUGAUUCAGUGUUCUCUUGAUUUUACUUGUGUUUUUGCACAAAAAGAACUCACAUGACUUGUCCUAUUUCCAAAGGGACAAAAUGCAAUAGAUUUCUUAUUGAGUUGAUCAAAUGGCUAAAUAAUACAAGAAGUAUUUUGAUAUAUGCUGAAAAAUCGGUGGCCUUGAGUUGCAGAUGAUUAAAUCAGUGUCCCAAGUGAUGCACUAUACCUUUAACCUUUAGCCUGCUAAAUUUCUAAAAUGGACUGGUCCGUCAUUCAGUUUGGGCAGUACUCCUUAUGAUUCAAAAGGGUGCGUACUGAAAAAUUACUGACUGAAUAGCGAGCAGUGCAGACCAUGAUCAGCUUGCACGCAUGUGUUUUGAUCAGCACUUUGCGCAAAGACGAACUCGUUUGCCGUCAGCAGACCAAAACAAAGCCUGUUCAGCGUUAAAAUCAAUAGGUUCACACUAUAUCAGCACUAAUCUUUUGAGAGGUAAUCGAUAUUUGAUUGAUCGGUUCUCCAAUACCUGAUUAUUUGCUGUGGUAUCAAUUACAAACCAUGCAUAAAUUAAAAUUUGCAAUGGUUUAAUUUUCGGGCAAUUAUUUUCCAAGUUUGGUUAAAAGGGUAAAUUUUACAUUACGUAUUUUUUCUCCUUAUUACAUGUACAUGUAAACUGGCAAGCUACGUUGGUAGAGCGCACAAAAGUAUUUUCUGAUGUAAAUACUUAAUGAUAAAACCAUUUAUGAGUUUGAUAUACUGCCAAGAUAAAUAUUUGUUUUUGUUCGAUGUACAUAUAUAUGAAGAGAUUAUGUUAAUACUGGGCAAAUUAUAAAAUGACAAUUGUGUACUUGCAGCAGUGUGAAAAUGUUACCAGUUUUGAGAUUUAUGGAGUUAAAUCAAAAUUGUUAAUUAUUUAGUAGCUACAUACUGGGGCAUACAAAUUACUUUCUUUUUACGAGUGUAUAUUUUUAGCGACAAUGGACACAUUAUUUCACCUCAAAUUAUUUUUCACACUUUUAAUAAAGUUGGGACUCCUCGUAGUAUAUAUGUUUUUAAAUAGCAUGUUUUUUGGUUUUGGACAGGUUUCUAAUUAGUAUUCAGGCGGUUAAACAGAACUUUUUUUAAACAUUUUAAAUGCAGUUGCGUUACUAGAGAUAAGUAAAUGUUGCCAUUUUAUUUUGGUCCAGUUAAAGUAUGGUUUAUAAUGGACCAAGCUGCACUAUUGACGGUUGUUUAGUUAUCUUUUUAAUGAAUAAAGUUAAAACAUCACAAGG